AUGAAAGACGUACCAUACAGGCAACUAGUGGGAUCUCUGAUGUAUAUAGCGUUAGCUACGCGACCUGACACACUGUACGCAGCCACGAAAUUGGCACAAUUCGUAUCAAAUCCAGGUAGAAUACACUGGAUUCAGGCAAAGAAAGUAUUAAGAUACCUGUAUGCAACGAAAGAAAAAGGUUUAAAGUAUGGUCAGGGUAUUAAUGAGAUAGAGAUGUACAGUGAUGCGGAUUGGGCAACCGAUAUUGAUGACAGACAUUCUCAUAGUGGAAUGGUAGUAUUCUUGGGAGGUAAUCCGAUUACAUGGAAAUCCAGCAAACAAAAAUCAAUUUCAACUUCCACAAUGGAAUCGGAGUACAUAGCACUCGAAAAUGCGGUGAAAGAAGCUAUGUGGAUGAAAAUGCUAUUUAAAGAGAUACAAAGUUUGCUAAACAUAGAUGUGCCACGUGAACCUUAUAUGAUCAGAUGCGAUAACAAAUCAGACAUUGAUUUUACGCCAAAUAGAGUUGAGCGAUCUAAAUCUAAACAUAUAGAUAUCGCGUACCAUAUUACGAGGGAAAAAUAUGAAGAAGGUCUUAUAAAGUUAAAAUACGUCCCUUCUAGCGACAACGUGGCAGACUACUUACUAAGGCGUUACCAAUAA